AUGGCGGACUACGAUGUUUAUCAAUCUCUCGAGACGGAGCAGCAGUUCUUCGAAGAGCUUGACGAUGUGGUUGCCACCCAAUAUCAAUCCCAUGACCUGAUCGACGAGACACUGCGUUCCUGGCUAUACAUUGCGUCCAUGUUCAGGGACAAGUUCUGCCAUGCCGAAGACGACAUUGCUAUCUGUGCUCAGAAGCUUCUCUCUAGUAAGCUCUUCGCCGAAAACAAGGAUUAUGUGCGGACGCAAAUGAUACACAGUGUCUUACAGGAGGACGAACCAAGUGCUUUGCAUGUCAUCUCGUGUUUCUUGCUCCUGGACGGACGGAAAGAUGAGUCGACAUUCGCACGCAUGGUUGAGGAAGGAUGCUUCCCGCGGCUUUUGGAUUUGCUCCACGGCCGCAAGGAGAGGGACGGGAGGCUACAUCGCUUGCUACUCGAGUUGAUGUAUGAGAUGUCGCGCAUCGAGCGCUUGCGGAUGGAAGACCUGAUACUAGUCGAUGACGGCUUUGUCAACUACCUCUUCCGGAUCAUCGAGGAACUGUCUAACGACGCCCACGACCCCUAUCACUACCCUAUCAUUCGCGUUCUCUACAUGUUGGCCUCGACCAACCCGGCUGCUGACCCUCUGUCUCCCACGGCACCCCUUACCAACCGAGUCAUCAAGUGCCUAAGCCUUCACGGCUCGACCUACCGCACAUUCGGCGAGAACAUCAUCUUGCUUUUGAACCGGGAGACCGAAACGUCGCAGCAGCUCCUGAUCCUGAAGCUCCUAUACUUACUCUUCACCACCAAAGCGACGUAUGAGUACUUCUAUACCAACGAUCUAAAAGUCCUUUUAGAUGUAAUCAUUCGGAAUCUUAUGGACCUGCCCGACGAGAAAGCCUCUCUGCGCCACACGUAUCUUCGAGUUCUCCACCCUCUCUUAGCUCACACUCAACUUAGCUACCCACCACACUACAAGCGGGAGGAGACAUUGAAAGUACUCCAUAUUCUCGGCGGUAUGGGCAACUCGCACUUUGCACCCGCCGAUGAUACCACGCUGCGUCUUGUGGAACGGGUAUCGAAGGUCAAAUGGUUGAUUGAGCGCGACGAAUCAUCGGGGGAGGCCGAAGUGCCGCGCAAAUUUCUUGGCAUCAGCCUUCCCCAGUCUCAGGCCGCGAGCAGCGUUAGUGUCGUGGAUAUCGCAGCCAUUAAGGAGAAGCCUGGCGUACAAACGCCGAGCCGCAAGGCCACAGGGUUGGCGGCUGAAGGAGGACAAAACGACGCCGGUGGAGUGACCAGGCCCAGAAAAAUCCUGCCUGAAGUACCCAGGCAUCGUCACGGUGUCCCUUUUACAGAAGGGCCGACAUUACACGUUAAAGCAAAGAAAACGCCGCCAAAGGCCCCGCCUCCGAGGAGGCAAGCCAAGUCGAAGAGAAUCGUAGAGAGCCCUCCAGAUGAUUGCUCCACAUCUGGACCGUGA